CGAUUCGGGCUCUAGCCUUCGCUUCUUUGACCCACGGGACCUUCCGGCGCUGAACCGCGUUGGUUCAGACACCUAGCAAGAGCCAUAGCCUCUCAAAUUUUGCUACCCAGCAGAGCAGCAGCAGCAGCAGCAGCAGCAGCAGCAUCGGCAGCACAGGCUCUGCGCAUCCGCGGCAGGGCACACCUUGCACCGACGUGUUCAAACCUUAACACCGGCCCUUUACGUUUCCGUCCUUGCGUUCUGUACUUUCGGAGGGGCAACAGAAGACCUCUUACCGUACCAACAUCAGCACCCGAAGCAGGCGUGGGGGCUGCCAACCACCCACGUGGCCAUCGCCACUCUUGCGGCGGCGGCACCAUGGGCGGCCGCCGCUGUCGACACGGCAGCGGCGGCGGUGGUGGCGGCGGGGGCGGCGGCGGCGGCGGCGGCUGGCGCGGCUGUCUGCUGACUGCCAGGGCCCCUCGGCUGCACCUGGCGGCGGCGGGACUGGCGCUGGUGCUAGCGCUGACUCUACUCCUGGACAGCAGCUCUCUGGCACAGGGCCAGCAAUCGCCAGCGCCUCCCGUGCCCCAGCAGCCCCGCUCGCCGACCCUCCGAGGCGGCGGCGGCACACAAUCAGCUGCCGCCACGCCGCCGCCGGCGCAGCCGCCACCAGACUCGGGGCUUGCGGCAGCGGCGGCGCCGCCGCAGGGGGGCGGCGCCAACAGUAAUGCUACAGCCAAUGCCACGGCCAAAGCCAGGGCUAGGGAUGUGGAUGUGGUGGUUCCGGACGUGAAGCACCUGACCAAGUGGGGGCCGCGCGGCCGGGUGUGUGUGCUGAUGAUGGGCCUGCUGCCGGUGCUGUCCACCUUCACCCUGGGGGGCGGCUUCUCCAGAGACCCACUGCAGGUGGACGUGCGGCCCGCCAGCGGCACCGGCAACAUCCCCGCGAGCGGGGCGGUGCCGGUGGUGUUCUACAACGCCUCCGCUGACGCCUGCCCCAACACCACCGCCGCCGUCAUGGCAGCCAUAGCGGCGGGCGGCGUGGGCUUCGUGUCGGCGCCGCUGGACACGCCCUGGCGCCCCAGUGCCGAGAGCGACAACGUCACAAGCAGUAGCUGGAUGGUGGACAGCCUGUACCGCUACAGCUCCAACGCCACCCAGCAAAACGUCACACGCAACGCUAGCAGUGGCAGCAGCAGCAAUGGCAGUAGCGGUAGCAGCGAUGGCAGUAGCAGCGGACUGGGGGCCAGCAAUGCUACGUAUGUGGCGGACAUUGACGGCGACGGCAACGGCGACACGCUGCUGCCCGCGGUGCAGUCGAUCAACACGGUGCCGGGCAGUGUGGCGGUGGUGGGCGUGGCGGGCGGACCCAACGGCGCUGUGGUGGGCAGAUCCAACCUCACAGACUUCAGGAUGUUUCUCUACUCGCCGCGGCCCUGGCCCGCCUCGCUGGCCGCGCCCGGCGGCGGCGCCGUGUCCGUGCCCACCAACCUGACCCUGCUGCGCAGCGCCUUCUCCAUCAGCAGCGAGCUGACCACGGGGCUGGUGGCGGUGGACCUGCGUGGCGUGUCAUACCCUGGCUUCCCCACCAUGUGGCUGGCGCAGGACCAGGUGGACAACACGCUCACACUGCGGCUGGAGAACCUGACCUUCCGCUACACCAUCAGCCCCGACAACGCGCCGCUGGGCUCCGGCGAGGCCAACCUGUGGGUCCGCGGCAACGUCACCGCAGUGGCCCGGCUGCCGGAGGACAUGCUGGUGCUGCCAGUGGCGGACCUGGCCUACCCCCCCAUAGCGGCCAGCCUGCAGGUUUUCACGCCGGAAACGCAACAGCAGCAGCAGGAGGACGCAGCCGCGGCGGGGGGAGCUAACGGCGGCGGCGGUGGCGGCGGCGGUGGCGGCGGUGGCGGCGGCAUGACGCCGGCUGUGAACCUCGGCAGCGUGCGCGGUGGCGCCGGCGCCGGCGGCGGCAUCAACGGCGGCACCGGUACAGGUAACGCCAGCAGCGGCACCACCGGCUCCAUUGCCGUCUCUGCCGGCGGCGAAGGCCCGCCGGGAUCAGUCGGCGGCGGGCUGAGGCGCAUCGUGGUGCCGCUGCCGGGCCCUGGCGGCACCAGUCGCGGCUACUACACCACUGACGGCGCGGUGCGCGUGGCGAUGCACAACGGCUCGUCGCCACUGCCGUCCGCGUCCGCUGCCAAGGCCUCGAGCGACGGCGUGGUGGGCGACAUCAGCGGCCCAAACACCACCAGCAGCAGCAGAACCGGGCGUCCGCCGUCGCAAUCUGGCUUGGCGGCGGCGGCGGCGGCGGCGGCUAGGCGCAACCAGACCAACAACAACAAUAACCAGACCGCCGCUACUGGGCAGCUGCCUGCGACGCCGUCGGUGUCCGGGCUGCAGAAUGCCACCAGCAACCGCACAACCAGCGCGCCUGGUGCGGCGGCGGGAGCCGGCAGCGGUGGCGCCGGCGAGCCGGCAGCAGCAAACAACACAGCCGACACGUCGGUGCCGGGCAUCCAGGCCGCGGCGACUGAGUGACUGUGAGCACGCCGCUGUUUGCUGCGGUCUGUUCUUGAUUGAGGCGUCAGAGGGUUAGAAGGUUUGACUAUUGGGGGCCCGGUGUGUCAGGCCCAGGAUGGAGAGGGUGAACGGUGGGUUGACUGUGCUGUGGACGGGCGUGGUGGAUCGGAUGGCGAAUUUGCAGGGCAGAGCGGCCCGGAACCGAAGCUGGAUUGGACGGCGCAGCGGCAGCGCAUGUGCCAGCAGUCAUUAUGAUGAGGAUACAUACAUGGAGUGAUAUGUGUCGAUGUCGC